UCCGCGCAGUAGUUGGAAUUCAGUAUAUUAUUAGAAGCUUUUAUUUGUCCCACUUGCAUGAACUGUUUGAAUAAAUAUUUUCAUUGGGAUCCCUUUUCAAUGGAGAGAGCAGCACAAUGUACAAGGUAUACAGCACGAGGUGCAAGCGUAGUGUGUAGUAUUGUUCAUUGAUUUAAUAUUUGCGUAGUUUAUUUACUAACAAAAUAGGCAAAAUCUUGAGAAUUCUAACUUUACAAAAAUUAGUUUGACUACAUUCAUCUAUUACUACUAAAAAUUAUUUGUUCAAAAUGAAACAGAUUUAGAAAAUUGAGUUGAAAAAAUCGGUAUAAUUCAAUCGUGACUAAAUAUACCAAAUUACCACAUAUUAUCUAUAUUGAGAUUAUUUUAUUCAAUUAAGAGAAUAUACGUACGGACACGCACGCACGCAGUACGCACACGCACAUUCAACGUAAGAUCGACUUUCCGAUUCCAAAACGUGAAGAAACUGUCUACACAAAUGGUAAAGAUAAAAACUAUAUUUGCGGGAAAAUACCAUGUGUUUAAUCAAUAGUUGCAGAACAACAAAUAAAAGUUGCUCGAAGUUUAAGGACAACAUUGGAAAAAAAUGUGCCGUACAUUUCUUUUCACCAUGUACUAUAAAUAUAUAUAUACAUGUGUUCUCCCACCGUACGCCAGCAAUGCGCGUGCGAUUCGAGACGCCCACGCGCCGAUGGUGUACACACAAGUAUCCGAGCUGCGCGCGAGAAGAAGCAUUCGCGAGUCUCGAUCGAACCGCAGACACCUGAGGACUUAGCGAAUCUCGAGUGUAUCUAUUUGCCGCAGUCAAGACGGGAUCGUUCAAGAAAAGAACUCAUUCCAUGGAGCCACUUUGGGAGUCUCACGGGCGCCGUUUGAGCGAGGCUGGAGUCCGUAGAGGGUCAGAUAAUAGCGUGGUGCUGACGGAGGACACGGACAGUUUUAUCAUUGGCGAUCGCGUCUGGGUCGGCGGCACAAAGCCGGGUCAAAUCGCCUACAUCGGCGAGACCCAAUUCGCCCCUGGAGACUGGGCUGGCAUCGUUCUCGAUGAGCCCAUCGGCAAGAACGACGGCUCGGUGGCGGGCACCCGAUACUUCCAGUGCGAGCCGAAGCGCGGCAUCUUCUCCCGGCUAACGAGGUUGACUCGCUAUCCGCUUAGCUCGACCAGCUGCUUCUCGCCAGCCGAGAGCUUCGGCAAGUCCGUGUCGCCCUCACUGAACGCAUCGACGACCAGCCUCGCGUCGACCACCGCUGCCAGGGAUCUACAAAUUGGCCAACGAGUGAUCGUCCAGUCGAGCCAAGGCAGCAAAACCGGUAUUCUCAGGUACAUCGGCACCACGGAAUUCGCUGCCGGAGACUGGUGCGGCGUGGAAUUGGACGAGCCCGUUGGCAAGAACGACGGCGCGGUCGGCGAUAAGAGGUAUUUUGAAUGCCGUCCAAAGUACGGACUGUUCGCGCCGAGUAGCAAGGUGAGCCGUUCGCCAUCGAAUCGUCGAACAACGGCUGUAACGCAACGACCUUCCGGUGCCGCGCUCAACGCUUCUCUACGAAAAGCCGGAUCGCGCGAAUCUCUCGCUUCAAGCGUAGCGAGUCGCGUCACCACCACUGCGUCUACAGCUUCCAGGAUACAGAAACCUGGUUUACCACAUACUUCCACACCUGCCAGAAAAACAACGCAGGAGCUGUUGAAGGACAGGAGGUUAGAGAUCGAGAUUUUACGCAAAGAACGAGACUUAGAGCGCGAAAGAGUCACCAAAGCUGCUAGUCAAGCUGAUGAGGCUGAAAAAGCUACUGCUAACUUGAAAAAAGAAUACGAUAAGUUUCGCGAAGAAGCCGAAAAAGCAGCACGAGAAACUCAAAAUACUCUAACUCAACUUUUGGAGGAGAAAAAUCUUCUAACCACACAGUUAGAAGAAGAGCGAAGAAAAUGUGAAGAUUUGCUGUUUAGAUUUGAAGAAGAAUCGAUAAACAAGGACGUUAUUCAGAAUGAAAACACCGAGCAAAGUGUUGCAAAUGCUGUUUACGAAAACAAAAUCAAAGGCCUUGAAAAACAGCUAUCAGAAGAAAGAGAAAGAGUAGUACAACUUGAAAGAGAUAGUACGAAGUUAUUUGAAGCCGAAGAAGAAUUAGCAAAACUCCGACUAGAAUUACAAACAUCUGGUGGAAAAACAGAAUAUUCAGAUUUGCAAAAACGCUAUGGAGAUGUGAAUAAGGCAAAAGAAGAAUUUGAAAAGCUUUUAGAGGAAAAAAAUAAAACUGUUGAAAAAUAUGAAACGGAAAUUAAUGAAGCGAAUAAGAAACUUCAAGAAAAGGAACAAGAAAAUCUUGAUAAAGAAGAAUCCAAGUUGAAUUUACAAAAAGAACUCGAAGAAACUACUCGACAGUUACAGGAAAAGUGUACGUUUAUUGAUGAACUGCAAAUAAAAUUCAAAGCUCAAGCAGAAUUAUUAGAACGAGAAAUUGAAAAAUUAAAAGAAACAAUUAAAACUGUUUCUGAACAAAGUGCGUUCGAGCGGACUAAGUUUAUUGAAGAACAAGAAAAAUUAUUGAAGGAAAAAGAUGAAAUUAUAAAGUCAAAAGCAGUAGAGUUGAAAGCAGAACAACAAAAAUUAUUCACGAUACAAGAAAGUGUAUUAGAACAGCUCAAAGCAGAAAACACUAAACAGAUCGAAGAAUUGUCGGAAUCUUUUAAUAUACAAUUAAAUUUGAGAGAUGAUCAGAUUGAACAGGUUACAAAACAACUGGGUGAAAAGGUUCAAGAUAUUAGUAAUAUAUCAGCGGAAUUGAAUGAUUCCAAAAAUCUUUGCACUACGAGAGAAAAUGAAAUUAAAAAUCUAAUUUCUGAUUUGGAAGAAUCUAAAGUAAAAUUGAAUUCUUCAUAUGACCAUAAUUUGGCUCUUAAUAAAGAAAUUGAUGACUUAAAAAAUAAAUAUGAAGAAGAAAUCAAACUUAUAACUGAGCAGAAAACUAAAUUGGAAAAUGAUGUUGGUAGACUGACUGCUGAAUUAAAUAAUAUGAAAGAGCAAUUGAAUACAUUGAAUGAGUGUAUAAAAAUUAAAGAUUUAGAAUUGUCUAAAAUGCAAGGCUCGAAAAUCGAAGAAAUGGAAGAGUUAAGAAGGCAUUUUCAUGAACAAAUGGAAGCAAAGAACAAAUGUAUUCAAGAUGUUACUGCAGACGUUACACAAAAAUCUUCAAGAUUAACGGCUUUAGAAAAUGAAUUAGCUGAUUUGAAAUCAAUUAUAGCAAAUAAAGAUGAAGAAAUAAAACAUUUAUCCGAAAAAACUUCAGAACUACGAGAUGCUUUGACUCUGUCAGAACAAACGAAAACUAAUUUAGAAAGUGAAUUAAAAAUGUACGAAACGAAUGUAGUAGAAUUGAAUGAAAAAUAUGCAAGAGCAGAAGAAAAAGUUGCUGAAUUAACUAGUAAAAAAGAGAAGCUAGAAACUGAAAUUGCUAAUGUUGUGAGUACAUCAGUUGAUUCAUCUGGUAAAUUAGUUAAGUAUAGCGAAGAUUUACGGCAAAAAGAGAAGGAGUUAGACGAAUCACGUGACAGAGAAUUUAAACUGCAAAAAUCUAUAACUGCUACUGAAAUGAAAGUAAGUGUACUAGAACGAGAUCUAAGCAAAGUCAAUUCAUUAGUUGAUGAAAUGCGUUUGGAAAACGAGGAAAUAAAGUCGCAACUAGUUGCCGAAAAGGAAAAAGUAAAAGAUGCUUUAGAUAAAUUCACACAGAGUGAAAUGACUGAACAACGAAUAUCUGAAAAGAAUAAAACGCUUCAAGACGAUUUAAAGCAACAAUCCUCUGAAUUAUUAGAACUAAACAAUACACUGAAAGAAAUACAAGGAAAAAAUACUCAAUUAGAAAAAGAACUUGCUGCAGUACUAGAGAAAUAUAAGAAUGAAAAAUCAAAGUUAGAAAAGCAAAUUUUAGAUGAAGGUAAUGAUCAAACCGUGUUAAAAGAUAAUAUUGAAACUUUAGAGAAAUUAAAUGCUCAGAUGAAGAGUGAUCAACAGGCAAUGGAUGCUUCAAUUAAAAAAAUAGAAGAAAGUUUGCAUACCAAGAAUCAAUAUGCAGCAGAACUGGAAUCUGUAAUAAGUUCUAAGGAUCAAGAGAUUAAAGCAAUUACAAAAAGUUUGGAAGAGAUAACAACAGAAAAAGAGGAAAUAAAAAAUAGUUUUACAGAUAUCAAAGUUAAAUACAAUAAUGCUCUAACAGAAUUGACUUUGUUGAAGUCAUCAAAUGCCAAUUUAGAAUCUCAUAUGACAGUGGAAAUAGCUAAACUUAAGCAGGAAUUAGAAGAUGAAAAAUCUACUUUAGAUACUGCUUUGAAAGAAUCUAAAGCUUAUGAAGAGUUGGCGAAACAAAAGUAUACUGAGUUUAAAGCUACCAUAGAAUUGAAAGAGACUGAAAUUAAAGCGUUAACUAACAGUUUAGCUACUGAAAAAGGAGUCACUGAUAGCACAAACCUGCAGCUUCAAACUCUACAAGAAUUUGUAGAAAUCAAAGAUAAAGAAUUGACAUCUAGCGUCAACCAAAUAGCAUCACUUAAUGAAAGUAUUAAAACUUUAGAGUCUAAUGUCAGCUUUUUAAAAGACAAGUUGGAUAUUAAAGUUAAGUUGAUAAAUGAAUUAGAAAGUAAGAUAAUUGAAUUGAGAAAAUCAAACGAUGAGAAAGCUAGCUAUGAUGUUAAGGAAAAGCAAAAAGAAUUGGAUGAUUUGAUUGUCAGACAUGCAGAAGAACUAAAUUUAAAAGAAAUGAUCAUUACUAAGCUUCAAAAUAUUAUGGAACAACAAGAGAAAGCUGUUAUGGAUGCAAUAGACAAGUAUAAUACCUCUGAUGAGCUUAUUAGAAAAUAUGAACGAGAUUUAAGUAUGAAAGAUCAAACUAUUUGUGAAUUGAAAGAUUUAGGUGAAACUAGGCAAAGGGCAUUACAAGAUUAUGAGGCAAGGCAGAAUAAUAUAGAUAUUUUAUUAGCUCAAAAAGCAGAUCAUAUUGAGUCGAGAGAUAAAACUAUAGCUGAGCUACGGAAUAAGGAGCAAAAAUUGCAAGAAAAGAUUGAAAACUUUGAAGAGCAAAUUAAUUUUAGUAGUGAAAGAACAUCUCUGCUAGAAGAGAAUUUAAAGCGAAUGGAAAAGGAAAAUAAGCAGCUCACUACCAGUUACAAUGAGAUUGUUGAGAAAUUAAAUAUUGUCAACGAAAACCUGAAAAACAGCACAAAUAAGGAUACCUCAAAUCAUAAAGUUACUAAUGAUAAGACUGAAGAAAGUGCAAAACCUAUUUUAAGUAGAUUGGAUGUUGAUAUAGAGAAAUUGAAGGAGGAAUACGAGUUAGCUAAAGGGCAAAUCGAUUUUUUGAACUCUGUUAUUGUUGAUAUGCAACGUAAAAACGAAACACUAACGUGUAAAAUUGAAGUCUUAGAAAUGGGCAUUCCGUCGCAAGAAGCUGAUGAUUAUAAUCUAAAGAUGAUUCAGAAAAAAAAUCUCCCUCCUAGGAUGUUCUGUGAUAUAUGUGAUCAAUUUGAUCUACACGAAACGGAAGAUUGUCCUAAGCAAGCGCAAGAUGCGGAACCUGUACAGCCGAUUAAAAUGGAUAAGAAAAAAGUAUUAGUAGAAAGACCGUACUGCGAAAAUUGCGAAAUGUUUGGCCACGACACUUCUGCUUGCGAGGACACUGAGACAUUCUAACGCAUGGUUCUCGUUUUUGAUUUGAUAAUCUUGCCAGAAUUGUUGAAAGGAUGUAUUCUUGUUGAUCCUAGAUGCUAUAUUUUUAUAUCAAACUUAGUUAAAGAAAGAUCUACAAUUUCAUAUCAUUUCAUUUUACAACAUUUAAAUAUUAUUAAAGAUCUUAGCUUAUAUUUAUUGCAUCGUUCAUCUGCUACCAAUUGAAAUCUUCUUAAUUUAUAAAAAGUUAACUCUUUUUAACCAAGUAGUCUGUCGUGUACACUGUUAUUUAUAGUGUUAAUUGAAAUUCAUGAAAUGUUAAGCCGAUAUCAUAUUUGUAAAUAAUACAAAAAAUGAAACGCGAUACCGAAUUUGAAGUAGAAUUUUUUUCAAUUGCUAUUUUUAAUGUAAGUAUAUUACAAUAUGUCAAAAUUAUUGAUCAUUCGAAUAAUCAUGUUGGCAUUCAUUUAGGACAUUUUAUAUAAAGAAAUAACUAAAUUGCCAAAGUCUCCCUCUUUCAAAAUAUUAAUAUUAAGUCGAAUCAUUAUGAUUGAUCUAUAAUUAAUUAACUAAUUAUUGAAAUUAAAUCAAUAGCUAAUUUGUAUAUAAUUGUAAAA